AAAAAUGUACAAAUAGGGGGGUGCCAAAUGCCCUGUCCUUCUCGCCGGCGCGUUUUCCAAUUGAUUUGUUCGAAGUUAGAGGCGAGUUUAGCAUGAAAAUGAAUUAUUCAGGGACUGGCGGUGGUGAUUUUGUUGUUUUUGUUGAAAUAAUUAGAUCGGUGAGUGGCUACGGCGAAAAUUAAAAAUGCGCCUUUUGGUGGCCACCGUUUCCCCCUGUUCUCGCGAACCAAAUAUAUAAAAGGAAUUCGGCUAGUGCAGUACUUGUUCAGUCUCUCUGCGGAACAAGUCGGAUCCAUACGUGCCACCAAAAGGAUAAAUAAACUCACUUUAACAUAAAAGGACCUGAUAUCCCAGCCAAUAUUCAUAUCCUGGCUACCUCCAACGGAAUACAACAAGGAUACGCGAUCAGUGAGCUAAUGUGAAAAAGGUGGCCGUUGAAAAGUGAUUUACCUUACCCAAAAUCAAACGUCUUUCCGAUUAAGUUUCACACGAAAUAUCUUUGUAUAGUUGAGCCAAAUAGAGACUGAGCCAAAAGAAAGCAAACGAAAGUAUGACCAAUAAGGAGAAAGCCCAGGAGGAUACGGCGGCGGGCGAAGAUGGCGACAUUGUGAUCUCUGGUCUGUCCGGAAAAUUGCCGGAGAGCAGUAACAUCGAGGAGUUUAAGUACAACCUGCUAAAUGGCAUCGACAUGGUCACAGAUGAACCGCGACGAUGGGAAGCAGGCAUCUAUGGACUCCCCGAGCGCAUGGCCAAAAUGAAGGACACCGAUCUGGAGAAGUUCGACGACAAGUUCUUCAGUGUCCACCAGAAGCAGGCGGAGCUUAUGGACCCGUGCAUGCGGAUGCUACUGGAGCUCACCCACGAGGCGAUCAUCGACGCGGGCAUCAAUCCCGCGCAGCUGCGGGGCAGCCGGACCGGCGUCUACAUUGGCCUGUCCUUCGUGGAGACGGAGCACGAGAUUCCCAACAUGGAGCCGAGCAGCAUCAAUGGCUAUUGCCUGACGGGAUGUGCACGGGCCAUGUUCGCCAACCGGAUCUCCUACACGUUCGACUUCAAGGGUCCCAGCUUCAUUGUGGACACCGCCUGCUCCAGUUCGCUGGUGGCCCUCAAUCACGCCUUUGCGGACAUGCGAGCUGGUCGCUGUGAUUACGCCCUGGUGGCGGGCGUGAAUCUCAUCCUGAAGCCCAUCUUUGCCCUCCAGUUCCUCAGGCUGGGCAUCGUGAGCCACGACGGCGCCUGCAAGACCUUCGAUGCGGCGGCCAACGGCUACGCCCGGGCGGACACCUGUGCCGUAGUCCUGCUCCAGCGGCGGCGGGAGGCCAAGCGGGUGUAUGCCAGCAUCCUGAACGUCCGCACCAACACGGACGGGUUCAAGGAGCAGGGCGUGACCUUUCCGGACGGACGCAUGCAGCAGGCCCUUCUGGAGGAAACGUACAGCGAGAUCGGCCUCAAUCCGGACGAGGUGGUCUACGUGGAGGCCCAUGGCAGUGGCACGCCCGUGGGCGACGACCAGGAGGCCAACAUGCUGGGCAACUUCUUCUGCCGUCCAUCGCGACCAAAUCCGCUCCUCAUUGGCUCCGUAAAGUCCAACAUGGGCCACGCGGAGCCGGCCUCUGGGGUGAGCGCGCUGGCCAAGAUGAUAAUCGCCAUGGAGGAGGGGAUAAUCCCAAAGAACCUGCACUACCGUACCCCGAAUCCUUCGGUUCCGGCUUUGGUCGAGGGCCGUCUCAAGGUGGUGGACCGGAAUCUGCCCUGGCAGGGUGGCAUCGUGGGCCUGAACUCCUUUGGCUUCGGUGGAGCCAAUGCCCAUGUGGUGCUCAAAUCACAUGCCAAAACCAAAGUUCCUAGGACAUCCUCAAUGGCAGCGGGGGCGGAGCCAUCCCUGAGACUAGUCAUCUGCUCCGGCCGCACGGAGGAGGCAGUGCAGCAGUUAUUGAAGGUGGCCACAGAGCAGCGUCACGACCAGGAGUUGCUGACCCUCAUCAACGACAUCCAUUCGCAUCCGAUUCCCCUGCAUCCCUUCAGGGGCUACGCUGUCCUCGGCUCCAGUGGAUCCGUUAAGGAGGAGGUGCUGCCAUACGAGGAGGAGGAGCGACCCAUUUGGUUCGUCUACGCCGGCAUGGGCAGCCAGUGGGCCAGCAUGGCCAGGGAUCUCAUGCAGCUGGAGGUGUUCCGAAAGUCCAUACAGCACUGCGCCGAGGUUUUGGCGAAGGUUGACUUUGAUCUUAUAGAUGUGCUGACCCGAUCAACGGAUAGUACCUUCGACAACAUGCUGUACUCCUUCGUCUCUGUGUCCGCCGUACAGGUGGCCUUGACCGAUCUUCUCCGGACGCUGGACAUCCGGCCAGAUGGAAUCGUUGGCCACUCGGCCGGUGAGCUGGGCGCCGCCUACAUGGACGGUUGUCUCACGGCGGAGCAAACGGUGUUGGCCGCCUACUGGCGUGGUCGUAGUGUCCUGGACACUCCGAAUUUGCCGCGCGGGAAGAUGGCAGCUGUGGGUCUCAGCUGGGAGCAGAUCGGUUCGCAUAUCCCAUCAGAUUGCUAUCCAGUGUGCCACAACAGCGAGGAUAACUGCACAGUGUCUGGGCCACCGGCCUCAAUGGAUGCGAUGGUGAAGAGGCUCACGGCGGAGGGCAUCUUUGUGAGGGAGGUGGGAUCCGGGGGCUAUGCCUUCCACAGUCCAUAUAUCGAAGGAGCAGCUCCCAUGCUACGCAAAAAUCUGGAGAAACUUAUCACGGAGCCCAAAAAGAGAAGUCAGCGAUGGCUGAGCACCAGCGUCAAAGAAACGGAUUGGGGAACCAAGAAGAACCAUCUCGCCUCCGCUGACUACUUUAUAAACAACCUGAUCUCGCCCGUGCUCUUCCACCAAGCCAUAAAGAAGAUCCCACAGAAUGCCCUGAUUGUGGAGAUUGCACCCCACGGACUCUUCCGGGCGAUUCUCCGCUCCCUGAGUCCGCAGAUCAGCUAUGUGAGCCUCAUGCAGCGGGGUCAUGCCAACAACUUUGAGUUCCUCUUGAGCCAGUUGGGCAGACUCUACGCCGCCGGCGGACAUCCUCAGAUCCUGAAGAUCUCGCCGGCUAUUAACUAUCCCGUUUCCCGGGGCACACCUAUGCUGGCCUCACUGGUGGGCUGGGAUCACUCGCAAAAGUGGAACUACCCCAAGUUUAAGGGUGGACGGCAAGCUGGUCAACUGAGUGUGGAACUGGAUUUGGGCAAGGAGGAAAAUGCCUAUCUGGCGGGACACACGAUCGACGGCAGGAUCCUGUUCCCGGCCACCGGCUAUAUGACCCUGGCCUGGAUGAGUCUCGCUCAACAGCAGGGAUUGGACUACCUGCGCACGCCCGUGCUCUUCGAGGAUGUGGUCUUUCAUCGGGCCACGAUCCUUGGAAUGAGCACUGUGGUGAAAUUAACACUCAACUUCUUUCCCGGCAGCAGUGCCUUUGAAAUCUGCGAGGGCAGCAGUCUGGUGGCCUCGGGAAAAAUCCGUCUGGUGACCAAUGUGCAGCAGGAGCAGCUUCAACUGGCAUCACUACCGGGUACAGCUGGCUCUAACAAACUUAGCACCAAGGAUAUCUACAAGGAGCUAAGGCUGAGGGGCUACGACUACAGUGGUGUUUUCCAGGGCAUUUUAGAGUCGGACAUUGCGGCGGUAACGGGUCGCCUGCAGUGGGCGGAUAACUGGAUCAGCUUUAUGGACACCAUGUUGCAGUUUCGCAUCCUGAGCAACGACAUCCGUGAGCUGUACGUUCCCACUGGAAUCGAGAGGGCCCUGAUCGAUCCCCUGAAGCAUCUGGAGCUGGCCAAGAAGCACCAGCAAAAGCUGACCGUCAACUGGCACCGCAACAUAUCGGUGGUGAAGUGUGGUGGCGUUGAGAUCCACAAGAUGAAAACCGCUCAGACACAGCGGCGAUCUGGCGGCCAGUCUGCGCCCAGCUUGGAGCGUUAUAGAUUUUGGCCACAUUUCCAGCACUUGGGUCAGCGGGAGGACCAGCAGAAGUCAAGGAGCACGGCCCUGGCGGUGGCCAUUCAACUGGUGAUCGAGAAUAGUGGUGGUGCUGUGAAGCUGAAGGGCGUGGAACUGGCUGGAACCCGAAGCAGUUUGGAUACUCUGAGUGCUCCGCAGCUUCUAGAACUAAUCGAACGUGAACCCAUUCUGGUAGGUGACUUGGCGGUGAUCACCACCUCCUCGCAUGAAUCGGAGCUCAGGGAACAGCUCAAGGAACAGGGCAUAAGGGUGAUGGCCAAAGAUAUCUCAGCAGGGGCCGUGGAGCAGCAGUGCCAUUUUGUCCACUCUGUAGACAUUCUGGCCAAAAACUCUCUCAAGGAUCUGCAGCACUGCUUGGAUAGCCUCAAGUCCGAGGCGGGCUUUCUGCUCCUGGAGGAGACGGCCAGCAGGUAUAACAUAAUUGGUAAAGAGAAGUUGAGCAAACUGAAGUUGGUGCCUGUUUUCGAGCAGUUCUUUGGCACAGAUCGAGUUCUUGUCCUGGCCAGAAAGCCACCGAGUGUUAGUCCCACUCAAUGCCUAACCCUUCAACUGACCAACAGGAAAUUUAAGUGGGUCAACGAACUAAAGAGUGCUCUGGUCAAGGCCCAGGCUGACCAGAGGAAUCUCUACUUGGUGGCACAAGGAGAACCCAAUUCCGGAGCCUUGGGCCUAAUGAACUGCCUGAAGCGGGAGGCAGCAGGGAACUGCCUUCGCCUUUACUUCAUCCUAGACGAAGGCCUGCCACCAUUUUCCCUGGCAGAACCAUUCUACGCCGAUCAGUUGGCCAAGGAUCUGGUCAUCAAUGUGUACAGAAAUGGCAGCUGGGGCAGCUACCGUCACCUGAAGAUGGAAGCCCAGCCGCCUCUGCUGCCCGUGGAGCAGGCCUAUGUGAAUACCCUGGUCAAGGGGGAUCUCUCCUCGCUCCGCUGGAUCGAGAGUCCGCGUCCGAGUGCCAGCCAGUCGCUCUUGGAACCCUGCACCGUUUACUAUGCCCCGCUCAAUUUCCGCGAUGUUAUGCUGGCCUCGGGCAAACUGGGAGUGGAUGCCCUGCCCGGGGACUUGGCCCAUCAGGAUUGCGUGCUUGGACUUGAGUUCGCUGGCAGGGACUCGCGUGGCCGUCGCGUCAUGGCCAUGGUCACUGCCAAGUCACUGGCCACCAACUGCCUGGCCAACAAGAACCUGCUCUGGGAAAUCCCUGCGAAGUGGACCAUGGAGCAGGCUUCGACGGUGCCCUGUGUCUAUGCCACCGUUUACUAUGCCCUGGUGGUAAGGGGACAAAUGCGGAAGGGUGAGAGGAUCCUCGUUCACGCCGGCUCCGGAGGAGUGGGUCAGGCGGCCAUCUCGGUGGCUCUCGCCCACGGACUGACCGUCUUCACCACCGUGGGUAGCAAGGAGAAGCGCGAGUUUCUGCUGAAGCGAUUCCCUAAGCUGCAGGCUCGUCACAUUGGCAACUCCCGGGACACCUCCUUUGAGCAACUGGUCAUGGGUGAAACCCAUGGCAGUGGAGUGGAACUGGUGCUCAAUUCCCUGUCCGAGGAGAAGCUGCAGGCCUCCAUUCGCUGCCUGGCUCUAAACGGACGCUUCCUGGAGAUCGGCAAGUUCGACCUGAGCAACAACACCCCGAUGGGCAUGUCCGUGUUCCUCAAGAACACCUCCUUCCACGGCAUCCUGCUGGACAGUGUGAUGGAAGGCGAGGAGCAGAUGCAGCUCACGGUGGCCAAGUUGGUGGCGGAGGGCAUUGAGAGUGGUGCAGUGCAGCCACUGCCAACUACGGUCUUUGCGGAGCAGGAGAUCGAGAAGGCGUUCCGUUUCAUGGCCUCUGGCAAGCACAUUGGCAAGGUGGUGGUCAAAGUGCGCCUGGAGGAGGAGCAGUCGGCAGCUCUGCCGCGUCUCCGCCAGAUUGAGGCCAUCCCACGAUCCUACAUGCACCCGGAAAAGAGCUACAUCUUGGUCGGUGGCCUCGGGGGAUUCGGUUUGGAGCUGGCCAACUGGCUGGUCUCCCGAGGAGCUCGCUUCCUGGUCCUGAGCUCACGAUCCGGGGUGAAGAGCGGCUAUCAAGCUCUGAUGAUUCGUCGCUGGCAUGACCGGGGUGUCCAGGUGCAGAUCGAUACCAACGAUGUGACCACGGCUGUAGGCUGCCAGCGGCUCUUGGCGGUGAGCAAUAAACUGGCCCUGGUUGGAGGCAUCUUCAACCUGGCGGCUGUGCUACGCGAUGGCCUCAUCGAGGAUCAGAGUGCGAAGAACUUUGAGAAGGUGACGGCACCGAAGUUGUUGGCCACUCAACAUCUGGACAAGAUCUCGCGGGACAUUUGCCCCGCCCUGGAGUACUUUGUGUGCUUCUCCAGCGUGUCCUGUGGCCGGGGAAACCUGGGUCAGACCAACUACGGUCUGGCAAACUCCACCAUGGAGCGGAUCUGCGAGCAGCGGCAGGAGUACGGAUAUCCGGGCACAGCCAUUCAGUGGGGAGCCAUCGGCGACACCGGCCUGAUCAUCGAGCACAUGGGCACCAACGAAACGGUGGUGGGCGGCACUCUGCCGCAGCGGAUGAACAGCUGCCUGGAGACGCUGGACCUGUUCCUGCAGCAGCCCCAUCCCGUCAUGGCCUCCAUGGUGGUGGCCGAGAAGCGCAAGUCGGAGCAGGCCAACCGGAUGAGUCUGAUCGCCACCAUAGCGAACAUCAUGGGGCUGCGGGAUGUGAAGAGUGUCUCCGAUAGGACAACCCUCUUCGACCUCGGCAUGGACUCGCUGAUGAGCACGGAGAUCAAGCAGACUCUGGAGCGGCACUUUGACCUGGUUCUGAGCGCCCAGGAGAUCCGUCAGCUGACCUUCAGUGCCCUGCGGCAUAUCGACUCCCAAGAGUCCAGGGAAUCUGUCUCCUCCAAGUCCACCGUAGCCAAUUCAACCACUGCACCGACUCCAUCCAAUGGACUGGCCCGCGUGGAGGUGCAGCCACAGAGCGAUGAGACGCGCAAGGUAUUCGCCAAGGAAGUAUUACCCCAGGAGGUGAUGGUCCGCCUCCGAUCGAAGGCGCCGUUGGCCAGCGAGGAGCCGGCCGUGUUCUUCCUGGCCCCCAUCGAGGGCUUUACCAUAGCCGUGGAGGCGCUGGCCUCCUCGCUCACCUGCCCCGCCUACGGGCUGCAGUGCACGGAGCACGUGCCCCUCGAGUCCAUUGAGGCCUGUGCCGCCUACUAUCUCCACCAGAUCCAGAAACUGCAGCCAUUGGGACCCUACCACAUCGUGGGCUACUCCUACGGCUGCCUGCUGGCCCACGCCAUCGGGGUGGCGCUGGAGCAGCGCCGCUUCGGCGUCAAGGUCAUUAUGCUGGACGGAGCGCCCACCAUGGCCAGCGGCUACGUCCAGGAGGCCAAGAAGCAGACGGACGACCUCAACCGCCAGCAGUCCAUGACUCUGGCCUACUUUGGCGCCCUGCUCGCCGAUGUGGACUACAACCAGCUGCUCCAACUGCUCGAUGGAGUGCUGACAUGGCCCUCCAAGCUGGACAAACUGGCCGACACUCUGGCCGAGCACACGAUGCAAACCAGAGAAGUGAUCAAAAAAGCCGCCUGUAUGUUCAAACAGAAGCUACUGCUUUCUGAAAGUUACAAGGGCGCCAAGCAGCUGCACAGCGAUGUGGUGCUGAUCAAGUCAGCGGAGCACAAUGCGAUAAUGGCUCAGGAUUAUGGCCUCAAGGAGAUUUGCAGUGCCCAGAUCGAUAUGCAUGUGGUGGAGGGCACACAUAGGACUUUCCUCAAGGAGCCGCUCACUCUUCAGAUCAUCGAACGCGUCCUGAGAAAGCGUCCCUAGUGGACGACCUGUAGCUCUUAGUCCUAUUAAUACGAUUAUGUUGAUGAUUUAUUCUGUAGCUCCUAAAGUAUCCCCUAACCAUGCCCAAUACACGUAGCAAUCUCGUAUUGAUUGUUUAAGCAUAA